CCCUCCAGACACGAGACAUGUCCUGCUACAACCAGUGCCUGCCACGCCUGCCCUGCCAGCCCUGCGGCCCCACCCCUCUGGGCAGCAGCUGCAACGAGCCCUGCGUCAGGCAGUGCCAGGACUCCAACGUCUUCAUCCAGCCCUCUCCCGUGGUGGUGACCCUGCCCGGACCCAUCCUCAGCUCCUUCCCGCAGAACACCGCCGUGGGCUCCUCCACCUCCGCUGCCGUUGGCAGCAUCCUCAGCUCUGAGGGCGUGCCCAUCUCCUCUGGAGGCUUUGGCCUCUCUGGCAUUGGCGGCCGCAUCUGUGGCAGGCGUGUGUGCUAA